UCCGGCCUUUGGAAAUCUAUCCCUAUUCCCUUCUCGCUCUUUCUUCGUUCCCCCCUUUUCCUCUCAGAACCCGAACCCUAGGCGUGAAGAUCGGGGGAAGGCGAGCUACCGCCAUGGCUGCGAGGUCCAAGGAGCACGACGGAGCGAGCCCAGCGAAGAUCUUUGUUGGAGGGCUUCCCAAGGACACGAACCUCACAACAUUCAAGGAGCAUUUUGGCAAGUAUGGAGACAUAGAUGAUAUUGUGAUAAUGAAAGACAGGAACACUCACAAGCCAAGAGGUUUUGGAUUUGUUACCUUUCAUGAUCCAUCUGUUGUUGACAAAGUCAUUGAGGAAACGCAAAUUAUCAAUGGAAAACAAGUUGAAAUUAAAAGGACUAUCCCAAAAGGUGCUGCUCCAUUAAAAGAUUUUAAAACAAAGAAGAUAUUUGUUGGUGGGAUACCGACAACUUUGACAGAAGAUGAAUUCUGGGACUUCUUUUCCAAGUUUGGGAAGGUGAUAGAUCAUGAGAUCAUACGUGACCAUGCAACCAAUAGAUCUCGUGGCUUUGGUUUUAUAGUCUUUGACAACGAAAAAACAGUAGAUGAGUUGUUGGCCAAAAAGGGCAAUAUGAUUGAUCUAGCUGGUAGUCAGGUGGAGAUCAAGAAGGCUGAACCAAAGAAACCCUCUAACCCACCACCUUCUGCUUAUGGUAGUGAAUCUAGGGAUCAUCCUUUUGGCGAUGAUCUUGGAUUUGGCAGCUCAUAUAGUGGUUUUGGCAGUGGUAUGUUUGGUCCCUCGUCCUAUAGGACACCUGGAGGUCUUGGGCCUAGGCCGGGGGGUUUUGGUGGUUAUGGAGGUGUUGCUAGUGAAUUUGGUGGUGGAUAUAGUGGUUAUGGUGGUGGCUUAGGGGAUUACCAGGCAGAAUCUUCUCUUGGUUAUUCUAGUCGCUUGGGUUCGUAUGGAGGAUAUGGUCGGGGAUAUGGUGGAAGUGGCUUAGGUGGCUAUGGACGUGAAGCUGGGGGUUACGGUGGUUCUGGCUAUGGAGGUGCUUAUGGUUCCCCAGGUUCUGCUUAUCGCUCUGGACUUUAUGGCAGUAGGGGAGGCUAUGGUGGUGCCGGUCGAUAUCACCCCUACGCAAGAUAGGAAAGAAGCACUUCACUGCAGGUCUGUUCUAGAUCUUUUGUCACUUCAGGUUGCACUAGUUAUGCUGGACUUAAGAUGGUUCUUAUUGUCACAGGCACUGUAGCAUUCUUCUAGCACCGUUUAGAGAGAGAGAGAGAUUGAGAGAGCCCUUACUGAAGUUUGAGAUCAGGCUGGUUGAUUUGUUAUGUAGAACUCUCCCAGGCAACUGCAAUGCCUAGAAGAAUGAAGUAGCUGCUUCAUUAUGGUUCUUUAUUUUUUUCGUUUGCAUUAGAGUUUAGACUACUUUCCAAACUAGCUUUGUUUGCAAACAUUUAAUAGCAUCUGUUUUGGAGACCAUUUAAUGACCCUUUAUUUUAGCAGAUGGUAUGUAGUUGCCUUCAGAUCCUAGUAAGUUUGUUGAGAUUA